AUGCGGCUGGUAGUCAGUCCCUUGGGAAUUUUCCUGUCCCUACUGGUGUGGGUGUGCGCGUUGUUGGCGAACAUAGUGAUGGUGCGCUUCGUCAUGUACCCCCUGUUCACUUCCAGCGAACGGGCCGAGGCAUCGCGCACCCACUGGCUCUGGAGUAUUUUCAGUUACACCCCCCUCGGACUAUUCCUACUGAUAGUCUACGAGCUGUCGAUUGGCUUGGCCUUAACUGCACACUGCUUGGCAAUAUUUACCGACCCGGGUUCUACAAAGCAUGCGCCAUCUCACGCUCCACCGAACCUACCUUUUGCUCCAGGGCAGUGCUCUCCGUGCGGGGACCGCUGGAAGCCUCCUCGCGCCCACCACUGCAAGGUUUGCAAAGAGUGUAUCCUCAGGAUGGAUCAUCACUGUCCAUGGAUAAACAACUGCGUCGGCUUGAUGAAUCAGAAGUAUUUCAUCCUCUUCCUCAUCUACAUCAGUUGCGCGUGCAGUAUCAGCAUCAUCGUAUUCAUCUUAGGGGCCGUCAGGUGGUUCAUGCUGACCGGAGGACAAAGAGAGGUUGUUGAAGCCAAGUUCGCAAGUCUUGCGCCAACGUGGCUUCUGAUUUGCUCCUUGAUUCUGUGCCUGGUCGUUGUCGUCUUCUUUCUCGCCAUGUCGCUGGAUUUCUUAUCCGAACAGUGGGAGGCGCUGGAGACAAAUACAACCCUUGUUGAGACAUAUAAAAACGCCCACGGCGCGCGGACGUCUUUCUUUCAGCACGUCGCCGAGGUCUUUGGCUCCAAAUGGUGGCUGUGGCUCGUUCCGUGUCCGCCGUCAAUUUCACCCGACUGGGCAGAGCCGGUGUAUCUAGAGGAAGAUGCCCUAGACCCGAGCCCACGGUUUUUUGGAAACGGGACUGUUGGCUCGACGGGACAUCCUACAAGCGGAGACAGGAUCGAACUCGCGUCUUCGUCUUUCGCACGGCAAAAGGCGGAAUUGCGAGAGAGAAUUCCGUCAGGAAUGGUGAUGAAGCCCACUGGAGUUGUGGAAUAA